AUCAAAUCACAGAUUAUCACAGUUUACGCCACACGAUACAUUUGACAAAAAAUAUUUUAAUAGUUUUUCAAUGCUAGAUGUUUCAAUGUAGAUAUUUUUAUAUAAUAAGUAAAUUAAACAUAGCAUGCAACAAUGUGAUUAAAAUAAGUACAUAAAAUGGGGUUCACCCAUACAAUUCUUCUAAGUGUAAUGCUUUAUCUCCCUAUCUUAUUAAUUUCUUCUAAAGAAGUGCGUGAAAAAAAUGAAAAUUGCAAUACCACUGAGUCUGAACGUGUUCAAUACGAGUUCACUACCGAUGUUGUUAAAAGUCAGCACAUAAUAACAUUUAAAGGAUACUAUCCCAGGAGCACAAGAGAAAAUUAUGUAAAUGCCGCUCUAACCAGUGCAGGUAUAACAGACUGGAAGAUUAUUAAACGCAACAAUCCAGCCAAAGAAUAUCCUAGUGACUUUGAUGUUGUUGUCCUAGAAAAUGCAGGAAGAAAAGCAUUGGAAGCCCUGCAAGAUCACCCAGCAGUUCGACGGGUCACAGCCCAACGUCAAGUCACACGGUCCAUAAAGUAUGUUAAAGAGGAUGAGUGUGGAUCAGGGGGCUGUUUGUAUUCUGGGUGGCGGAAUUAUCGCGGAAGAGGACUGCACUCUCUUCGAAAAACUCGUGACAAUGGAUACACGUCACGCAAACUAUUACGGACUGUCCCGCGCCAGAUCACCUCUGUGUUGAAAGCAGACGUUCUUUGGUCUCUUGGUGUCACAGGUGAAGGUAUAAAGGUCGCCGUGUUUGAUACCGGCUUAGCUCGUAACCAUCCUCACUUUGGGCGGAUCCGUGAACGUACCGACUGGACGGGAGAAGACACAUUGGACGACGCCUUAGGCCACGGAACGUUCGUUGCCGGAGUAAUAGCUUCGAAGGCCGACUGUUUGGGAUUCGCUCCCGACGCCGAUUUGCACAUAUUCCGAGUAUUCACUGAUAAUCAGGUUUCAUACACUUCGUGGUUCCUGGACGCGUUCAACUACGCAAUAAUGCGCAAAAUAGACGUUCUCAAUCUCAGCAUCGGGGGACCGGAUUUUAUGGAUCAUCCGUUUGUCGACAAAGUCUGGGAACUCAGUGCUAAUAAGGUAAUUAUGGUAUCGGCGAUCGGUAACGACGGUCCUCUGUACGGCACACUGAACAACCCCGCUGAUCAGAUGGACGUCAUAGGUGUCGGCGGUAUAGGGUUCGAUGACCGCAUCGCGAAAUUUUCGUCGAGAGGAAUGACAACAUGGGAGUUACCACAAGGUUACGGUCGUAUGAAGCCCGACAUUGUAACGUACGGCAGUGGAGUCCGUGGAUCGAGCGUGAAUGGUGGAUGUAAAUCACUUAGCGGUACAUCGGUAGCGUCGCCGGUUGUAGCUGGCGCCAUAGCGUUACUAGCGAGCGGUGUUCCACGUCAGAAUUUAACUCCGGCAUCUGUUAAACAAGCCUUAUGCAGCACAGCGCUAAGACUACAAGGGCCUAACAUGUUCGAACAGGGACACGGGAAAUUGGACCUUAUCAGCGCUUAUCAGUUCCUCAGGAAGUACGAGCCGCAAGCUACAUUAAGCCCGAAUUACAUUGACCUCACUGAAUGUCAGUACAUGUGGCCGUACUGCACUCAGCCGCUGUAUUACAGCUCGCAGCCAACGAUCGCGAACGUGACCGUCAUUAAUGGACUGAGCGUCGUUGGGAAUGUGAAAGAAGUCUCGUGGCAUCCACAUCUGCCCCAUGGCGUUCUACUCUCGGUGUCUUCAGAUUACAGCGAUGUCCUCUGGCCUUGGUCUGGCUGGCUGGCCCUCAGCUUCACAGUCCGGGAAGAAGGGGCUAACUUUGAUGGUAUCAUCGAGGGUCACGUGAACGUAACGAUUGAAAGUCACGACGAUACAGGUGAUAGAACAAUAAAGAACGCCACACUCACAUUGCCGAUACGAGCUCGAGUGAUCCCAGUUCCGGUGCGAUCCCGGCGUCUCCUCUGGGACCAGUUCCACAGUCUACGUUACCCCGGCGGCUACUUCCCUAGGGACGAUCUACGAGCCAAACACGAUCCCCUCGACUGGCACGCCGAUCAUAUACACACCAAUUUUAGGGACAUGUACAGGAGAUUGCGCGAACACGGAUUCUACGUUGAAGUCAUGGGUACACCCUUAACAUGUAUCGACACGUCGCUCUACGGCGCCCUGUUACUCGUUGACCCCGAAGAUGAAUAUUUCCCCGAAGAGAUGGCAACAUUGAAGAAAGCCGUUGACGCUGGACUAUCGUUAAUUGUUUUCGCCGAUUGGUACAACGCUUCCCUUCUGCGGCACGUGAAGUUUUACGACGAAAACACAAGGCAAUGGUGGAUUCCUGAGACGGGAGGAUCAAACGUUCCCGCUCUGAACGAUUUACUCAGCAUGUAUCAGGUGGCGCUAGGCGAUAGAGUAUUUGAAGGUUCAUUCAAACUGGGCGGACACCCGAUGUAUUACGCGAGCGGAACUCACAUACACAGCUUCCCUGAACACGGUGUACUGAUCACGGCCCCUCUCAACGAUCAAGGGCAACAGAUAAUAUCAGGUGAAAAGCCGGGGGCCGCGAACGGCAAAACGGAAGUCACACAACCGUUGCAAGUCCCGAUCCUAGGUCUCCUACAAACUGAUGGAGAUAUUCAUGACUAUUCAAACGAUACCGUGGAUAAAGUACCUAAGUCUGGCCGUCUGGUCGUUUACGGAGAUUCAUCUUGUCUGGAAGGUGGAACUGCCCGGAACUGUCACUGGUUGCUUUUGGCCGCUUUACAAUACGCAAUAGUGGGUCACGUGCCUCCAGCUCUCAAAGAAGCCGCAACGCCGCAAGAGAAACGCGUCAGAGAUGUGCAUAUAAUCCCUUCAGAACUGCCUCGACGUGCCGAAGGGGGACGUCUCCAUGUCUACUCUCGCGUCCUAUCGCCCGAUGGAAGUGGACCACGUCCAAUACCAGAAUGCUUCAGUCCCACCCCGCUACCGUCCCAGCCAGUACACGCUGCUCCAUCUGCCAGGACAUUGGCUCCUAGACAUCAGCCUACAGAUCCUAAGAGUAUCGGUCCUCCAGAAAUAGAAGGCACCGAACCAGCGCCCAGAGCGUGGCGAGGAGCAGGCGCCGCGCCUUCCAGAGUUCACCCGCAGUCGGAAACGACACCCACUAGUCUAACGAACCGAGCUAUCACACUACUAGCGAUCGUAACUGCUAUAUACACUGUCGCUCAGCUGUGGAAGCGGUGGGGCCGCAGGAUCCGGAGACGCAGAAUCAUCUCUCUAGCCACCUAGCACAAGGCCAAGCCUGCUGAAGGCAAACAGAGAAAUCACGCCUGACGAAGUCGUCAGAGACUAUCACCGGGGCCAAAAUAAAUGUAUAGUGACGUCAUUAUUCGCCACAGUGACAAUCUGGUGCCGAACACAUCACGAUUCCCAUAUUGAUAUGUGAUAGUAAGUGUUAUUGUAUAAUGAUAUAGAUAGAGUUACGUAUCCACGUACUUGUAACAGUGAUUAAUGUAGCAAAUGCCAAAAUCGAAUUGUAUAUUUACAUUUACCUAAUUAAUAUUAAAUGGCCUUUUUUUACAUACUUUUACAAUAUUUAUUGUAACGGAAUAUGCGGUGUUCAUAUUAAAAUAAUUUAUUUAAAUUUACUUAAAAUGAAUAAUUAUUAUUUUUUGAAAUAAUUAAUGAGUGUGUGUUUUUUGUUUAGUUAGUGUGUAAUCACGUUAUAUUUUAAUAUUAUUUGCAUUAAUGACCGACCAAGAUAUGAAAUUCAUUUUAGUGGAGAAAAAUACGUUUAAAUUUGACAUGUUAAAAAUUAAAUUGAAAUUGAAAGGGGCGCUGAGGCUUUCCUUAAGCGAACCAUUCUCUAUAUUGUAUCUUUAUAUAUUUAUCAGUUUAGUAAACAACUAACAAUAUCAGGUAAUGAAAACAAAAUAAAAACUACAUAUUUCUUAUCUAGACUAUGUUAUCUCACGACUUCAAAACAACUAACCUUGACCAUUUACUUGAGCUAUUAUAAUUAUCUCAAUUGUACUAUAGAAAUACAAAUUAAUAUAUCCAAGGUAACGGGUCCACUAGAUCUUCACACUGUGUAUCAUAUUUUUAUCUUUGUCGUGUCCAAAUGGGCUAUCUAUAUAUGAGUCGUCUAUUAACAAAGGGCAAUCUGUGCAUUUGGACAAAAAAAUGUUAUUGAUAUGUCAAUACAGAUUGAUUUGAAUAUAAUCGUCUCCUUCAAAGAAUACGGUUCAAAAACUGCAUUAAAUAAAGGUUAAUGCUUAACCUGUUAUUUGUCUAAGAUGUCGUUCAGAAGAGUUUUGUGACUGUCAAUGGAAUACAAAGUCAAUAAUUCGUUUUUCUGAUUUACCAAUAAUUGUCCAAAAGUCACAUUGCCGGCUUUGAUAAUAGUCGACUCAUAUAGUCCACAUUAACAUGGUCAGAUUCAUCCGAAUCAUCUCUGUAUUCUUAACAUUUUUUUUUAAUUAUUAGCUUCAUCUUUAUCCAUCUACGUGUAAUGGAAUAUUUCAUUGCAACUUUGAUCAACUUCAAGAUGCAUGACUAAUUUGAAAAUUUCAACCACGUAUCAAAGACAAAUAAGAAUAAAAUAUUUAUUUUAUAAUUUUACACCAUCUAUUUUACAACGAGGCGAGAUAAGGAAUCAUAAGUUUUAAAAAGUAUCGUGAUCAGACCAAACGCUCUGUACUUAAAACAAUACGUUUCGAAUGAAGAAUAUCCCUUUUUUAUUCAAGUCAGUGUACGUCUUGGCCUAUUAGAAAGUACACCUCGUCGAAUGAAAGGGAAUGUGUAUUCAUAUUUUGGUUCCAGUUUCCAGUUUCACCGGGGCAGAGGGGGUAAGGCCUUUAGGGGUGGGAUUUGCUAACAGCUGCCCCUAGCGCCUCUAUCUAUCUUAGCAUCUACUACCGAAUCGAAAUCGCGAUCAACAACACACUAUCGGAUGAUACGAAAAAGUAUAGACCAAAAAUUUUUAUUAUGUCUAGUAUUAUUACCUACCACUAUUUACUCUGCACUACCUUUGGUUGACUGGUAGAGAAUGCCUUAGGCAUUAAGUCCGCCAAUGUAAAUUUUACAUGAAGUGUAAUAAAUAAAUAAAUUAUCUAUGGAAUUCUGUCUAGGAAAAUAUAAUUUAAGUCACGCACCGAGCAUUAUAUAAAGGAAAUACGAUUAUUACGAUAAUAAUUAAUAUGAAAUUAUAAUGGAAAUACCAUUUAUCGAGAAGUAAUGCGGAAUGGAUUUUUCACCUACGUAUCGAAUGAAAAAACGUUUUUAACAGGUUACCAUAGUAACGGUUACCAUGGCAACUUUUUUGUUUAUCCAUGCACCUUAAGCUGUAGAAACUUUGGAAACAGAAGUUAAGAAAUCGAAAGGAAUAUCGUAAUCUUGGUUUUACUGUUAAUUACGUAGAAGUUAAUACAGUGGUAGUAACUGCAUUGAUGUAUGAAUUCGCAAUAAGAAUAUAUAAUAAUGUUCGUUGUCAGAACAAAACUCAUUCAUUUACUUCGAGUUCCUUGUUAGUGGCAUUAUACUAUAUAUUUAAAUUUAGUAUUUAUUAUUAUAUUUAAAUAACACUAAAUUAUUUAACAUAAUAUAAAUUAAUAAUAAUGUACAGUAUAGUAAUUAAAAUAUUUUAGGUGCACUUUUAGAUGAAAAUAUUUACGUUUCAUUUGCAAUUUGUCGGCUCGGUUUCUUUUUUAUUACUUAAAUGGGCGGACGAUCUCACAGCCCACCUGGUGUUAAGUGGUUACUGGUGCCCAUAGACAUAUGCAACGUAAAUGCGACACCCAUCUUGAGAUAUAAGUUCUAAGGUCUCAGUAUAGUUACAACGGCUGCACCACCCUUCAAACCGAAACGCAUUACUGCUUCACGGCAGAAAUAGGUAGGGUGGUGGUACCUACCCGUGUGGACUCGAGCGCUGGCAGGCGAUAUGAAUACAAUAAAAUCGUAUCAAGGAAGGACUGAAUUUCACUCGAUAUAUUAAAACUCGUCAGGAAGAUGCGGCAUAUACAUCUUAUAUUGUUGUAUUAUUUCGAAGAGCUUUCGUAGGAGGGUCUUACGUGUUUUUCACUGUAUAAAAUAUUGCCUAAAAUGCUAUACUUCGUAAGUACUUAAUGUGUAAUAAUAAUACGUAAUUUAAUUGCGAUAGUUAUUAUUUGAAUAUUAUUAGUUUUAUAAAUGAUUAUUAUAAGGUCAUGAUAUCGAGAGCAUAAUAUUAUUAAGGUGUAGUGAACAAUAUUAUUUCAAAUAUAUUCAAAAAUAUAGGUAUACAUAUGUCAUAAAUAAAUUUAACAUUCCAUUAAUUAAAAAUUCUUAAAUGUGUUAGUCAUUAAUUACAUACAAAAUAAAUAACCUUACAUAUUAAUCUAGUAUAUACAUAAGUAGAUAUAAUUUUAAUGCAAUAUUUAUAACUCGAUAGUAUUUAAUUCAUAAAAUUCUUUCAACCUAUCCCCGAUCCAGUUUGUUAUAAAUAAGAUAUAAACAUUUUCACGUAACGUAACAAGUAAACAUAUCCAACAACUUAUUUUGAAGUUGUUUGAUUUAGGUAAAUUAUGUUUAUGAAAUUCUCGAUCAAAAUUUUUAAAUGACGCUGUCACGUAAGUUCUUGUAGAGAUUUUCGGCCAUUGUACGUUACGUAAUCACAUGUACUUAUAAACAAAUAGCGUUAUUAUAUUUGAGUCGUCUAUUAUCAAAGGUGGCAAUCUGUGCAUUUGAAGAAAAAAAUGUUAUUGAUAUGUCAAUACAGAUUGAUUUGAAUAUAAUCGUCUCCUUCAAAGAAUACGGUUCAAAACCUGCAUUAAAUAAAGGUUAAUACUUAACCUGUUAUUUAUCUAAGAUGUCGUUCAGAAGAGUUUUGUGACUGCCAAUGGAAUACAAAGUCAAUAAUUCGUUUUUCUGAUUUACCAAUAAUUGUCCAAAAGUCACAUUGCCGGCUUUGAUAAUAGUCGACUCAUUUCAUCUUUACGUUUAGUAGUAUUUAUUGAUAACGGUAAUAAUUUAGUGACUUAAAGAAAGAGGCGUCUGAAGCUUUCAAAUGCUUAGUGUAAAAGCUGUAAAUGUAAUUAUAAUUAAUUAAUUAUAAUGCUUUGAGAAUAUGUUAAAGACGAUACUACUUAGCUGUGAGGAAAUGGUAUAUGUACCUAGUGUUUGAUUUCGGAACAUCAAAGUGUCAACGAGCGACGUCCGCUAUGACACUUUUUAAUACGCUUUUAUUAGCUUCAGGCAUAACUAAUAUGUAUGUAUGUUUGUAACGGAAUCUUUGAACAUGAUUUUGACCCCCUUCAAAACGUCGGAUUAACUCGAAAUUUGGUAUACUUAUUAAGGACUGAUGACAAUUCAAUAGUAAAAAUAUUGAAAAAAAUUUAAAUUGAACUAAAAAAUAAAUAAUAGAUUAAAAAAACUAACAAUAUACACAUUUAUAAAAAAUCCAAUAAAAAAAUAGAAAAUAAAUUUGAAUUAAAAAUAAUGCAAGAAAAAAUGAUUUGGUUGUAAAAAAAAAAGCGUGGGGUGCACGGUAUCACUAGUUAUAAAUAUUUUAUGAACAGAUAUGAGUGGAAGGGUUAUUUUGAUAAUACCCUGAAAAGCACUCCACGACUAUUUUUAAUUCAAAUUUAUUAAAAUUUAUUUUUUAUUUUUUUACUUUGAUUAUCUAUAAAAGCGCAUUUUGUUAGUUUUUUAUACUAUUAUUUAUUCCCUAUCAAUACCAGCCGAUGAAGCGCCGUCGAUUUGAAGAUGGCGGCCAAGCGUCGGUUUUCAAAUUGUAUUUUUCGCAGGUCGUCGAUCCGAUUGUUUCACCGGAGAAGGACCACAUGUUGCGUUGUGGUAAAUAAGCUUGGACUGUAUUUAUUGCUUUUGAGAUAUUUAUGAAAAUUUAAAGAUUGAAUAUAACAGAAAUAUGAAACCGAUGCGUUGCUCUUGGCGGCUAGAAUUGAAAGGAAAUGAUAAUAGUUUAAAAAAACUAACAAAAUACGCUUUUAUAAAUCAACUAAAAAAUCUACUUAAACUAUUAUUUGUUUUUUAACUUUUUUUUUACUGUUGAAUUGUCAUCAGUCCUUAAUAAGUAUACCAAAUUUCGAGUUAAUCUGACGUUUUGAAGGGGGUCAAAAUCAUGUUCAAAGAUUCCGUUACAAACAUACGUACAUACGUCUGAAGCUAAUAAAAGCGUAUUAAAAAAGUGUCAUAGCGGCGUCGCUCGUUCACAUUUUGACGUUCCGAAAUCAAACACUUAGUAUUACAUUGCUUAAUACAUUCGCACCUUUAGAAUGAAACUGGGACAUAUAAAAAAAACACACAUAUACAUACUUAUAUCACAAAAAUAGUUUUGAAUCUAUUAUUUGAAGACAAAAUAAGGAGGUCGCUUCCGUAUUGAAAAUAUUAAUAAAUUACUAACUUAAGCGAACAACAACACUUAUUUGUUUUCAAAUUAAGCAUAAAUUAAUAUGUAAUCGUUUAGAAAAGUGCUUCUUCAUAAGAUGUGACUAUGGAAACCGCGCGUCGCCAACGAAAAUAUUUGUAAAAACUUUCGUAGCACAAUCUUAUUGUAUCAGGGUUCGUCAACACUUCCAUCUGAACUGUUUCAAAAAACAGAUAUUGUAAUAAAAAAAAUUUUUUUUCAUUUUUUUUUAAAUAAUUUAUGUAUCAAAAAACAUACACAUCACUAUUUCUCGCGUAAUAAAUAAAUUUUAACAUUGUCAUCACUAGAAUUGUGCAAUAUAAUUUUGUUUAAUUAAUGUAUUAAAUUAAUAAAGUUAUGUCUACGUGUCUUUUUUAAAUUCUUAAA